AUGGCCAUUGCACUCCUUAUGUGUCCGCUUGUGCUUGGAAUGGAUGUUUGUAGGCUUGUGAGGUACUUUGGCGACGAGCAGGGGAUAAAGGUGCCUGAGCAGAUAGUUGACGACUACAACAGGGUCGGGGCCGAGUUUGAGGCGAGUCCGAAGGCCUUUGACUAUGUGUUCCACAAUGGAAACGCCCAGAACAUCUUUCAGUAUAAGGACAGAGAAGAGCUGAUUGCAUCAGUAUUCCUCGUCAGGGACACAUUUCACGGGAUAGUGGAUGGGCAGGUUGUGAGCAGAAAUGUCGUCCUGGUGUACUCGAUGUACGUUUCGGAAAAGCACCGGGGAAGGGGAUAUUCAAGGAGGAUUCUUAAGGAUGCUGCAGAUUCCCUAAACAACCAUUAUAAGAUGAAUGGGGACUUCUUGCUGGUUCUACAUCUAUGUCCAAAGGACAGGAGCAUGGAGCUUGCAUUCUCCAUAUAUUACAACCUCAACUUCAGGAACGGGGGACUGUCGAUGACUGAGCCAAGCGGAAAGAAGUGUUUUUUGGAGGAGAUUCUCGGAUAUGGGGAUCCCUGCGAUGUAAUCGAUCGCUAUGAUGAGGCAAUGGAUAGAGGAAGAUACAUGAUAAUGGUCUGCGAAUAUUCAAAGCUUUGCGUCUGUGAAAGAGAGCGAUAUAGCAAGCUUAUGGAGUACGGGUCGAGGCUGAGGAGCAUUCUGGAGAGAAGCAGCCUGCUGGACUUCUGA